AUGAUGACUUUGAAAAAUGAUGCACCAAUAAUCUAAAUAUUAAAAUAAUUAUAAAAACAAUUAAUAUUUAAUAUGAAAAAUAAAGUAGCAGUAUCAAAUGAUCACUUUUAUUUAUUAAUAAUAUAAAAACUAUAAAUUAUGAAUUAAUCAUCAAGAUUUAUAAAGUAGAAUGAAAAUAAUUAACAACAAUUAUAAUUAUAAGAAAAGUUGAUUUAAAUAGAGAAUUUAAUAUAACAAACAUAUGAUGAAUGUGAAUUGUUAAUAAAAUGGUUUAGAAAUUUAACAGAAUCAAUAUUUUCACCAUUAGUUAAAUUAAAAAUGGAAAUUCUGGACAAAUAUCAGAUUUCAAAAGGCAGGCUUGAUGAAUUGGAUUUAAUAUUAAUAAAUAACGCAUAUUUUAAUAUCUUAACUUUUAAAGACUAUUAAAAAGAUUUUAAAAUUGCAUUAGAGAAAGAAGCUAAUAAUUAAAUAUCUAUUAUUAAAAAAAAGAAUUCAGAAUUAUAUUUAAAUUAAAUAUUAUAUUCAACAAUAAGGUAUGAAGAUAUUGCUAAUUCAAAAAAGGAGUAGGAUAAAGGUAUUGAUUUUAUUAAUCUUAGCACAUUCUUAAUUUCCUCAAAUAAUAUUGUUUAACUAUAUAAUGGAACGAAGGAAAAUAUUAAGAAGCAAUUCCUUAUUUAGAUAGAGCUAUAUAAUUGAAUCCUAAAAAUUAGUCAGCAUAUUGGGCAAUAUUGUCGAUUAGGACAUAGCUUAAAAUUAAAUGACAAAGAUCUCAAAUUAUAAGAUUAUGAAAAAAUCUGAAGAGGCCUUAAUUUAUUAUGAUAAAGCACUAGAUCUUAAUCCAUCUGACUCUUGUUCAUUAGAUGGAAAGGCUACCUUUAUUCUAUUUAUAGGGUGUUUUACUACAAAAAUAUCUUAUUAAAUAAUAUAAAAGUAAAAUUAUAGAAAAAGAAUUUAGAAGCUAUUUAAUUAUUUGAUUAGGUUUCUGCUAUUAAUCCUUUCGACGCUUAUGCUUACUCAGAGAAAGGGAAAAAGAAUUGAUUGAA